AUGGCCAAUUCAAGUAUUUUAGUUCUCCUUAUAGCUAUAUCAUAUGCCCUUGUUACGAUUCCAAUCAGGAAGCAAUCUAAAGAAGGGUUGAUAAUUGGAGCUUGGUCUUAUAAUGCAACAUCAUACCUAAAAAAUUAUGCCAACAUCCAGUAUUAUGCCCAGAUCUAUGCAGGCUCACCUCCUCAGCUAUUUAAUGUCCAAGUCAGCACUGCGUCUCCUUGGCUUUGGAUUCCUUCCAAAAAAUGCCAAUUUUCUUGCCACAAAUCUUCUAAUUAUUUUGACCCCUUCCAAAGCUCAACCUACAAAUUGCUUGGAGAAAAUUAUAAAGUAACAUAUGGGAUGGGAUUUAUUCAAGGAGAUUUAGCAAGUGAAAGCUUUUCUAUUGGAGAUAAUAAUGCCUUAUUCAUCAAGGGCCAAGCAUUUCUUUUAAUUCAUCAAGAUGGAGGAUUUAACGGAGCUCUGUAUGAUGGGAUACUUGGUCUGGAAUAUGGUGGAACCUCUUUUGGAUAUCCUAACUUUCUUGACAAUCUCCUCAUUCAAGGGCAAAUUGCUCGUAGAAUGUUUUCCGUCUAUUUAGGUGACAAUGAUUUUCUUGGAAACUAUUAUGAUGGAUCAGCAGUCAUAUUUGGAGGAUAUGACCUAGAAAUAUAUUAUAUUAUGUAUUGCAAUAAUUUCUUAUCAUGCAUGUGCUAGUCAUUUUGAAUUUGGUAUGUGAAAAACCAAAUAUGCGUUUCAAAACGCAGAUUUUAGUGCGGCAAAUUCAUAUUUUGAAAUUUCAUAUGAAAAUGGCGCGUAUAACGUCCAUAAGAAAUUUUACCAACGGAUUAUAAUAAUAAAAUGGCGUCGUCGAGAAAAUUCUUCUCUGAAAAAUCUUCACUCCUUUGGCCUAUUUUAUUAUUAUAGGGUUCAGUUUUCCCAGUGGGAACUUAUCCAGCAAUAUCAGGUAAGCAACGGGGAGGGUGCACAGCCUCCUGGUCUGAUCCUUGGAUGUUUGGUGGACAUAGGGGUUUUACUGCUUGACACUCCCGAGGAGGGAGACCCAUAGGCGGCACAACGUGCAGGAGUCAAGUUUCGAGCAAGGCAACGCAGCCAGUGAGAUCUGGCCUUCAAUUGGCCGUCGCUUGCUUAGAUGGUCCACGGCCUGACAAAAAGGGUGAUGUCUGAAAUGCCCGGUGACGUCACCAGUUGGAGUCUACUGGGGUGAGCCCUUGUGGCUUAUUUAAAUCAUCACCCUGCGGAACCAAAGAAACACGUUAAAAUCUCUAACUCCCCCCCCCCCCCUUUAAAUUGAAACAAAAUAUAGGUAAAAUUCCUACUUUUUUGGGAAAUUACCCCCCUUUAAAUUGAAACAAAAAUUUUAUUAUAAUAGAAAAUUUUAUAGGUAAAAAUCAUUAUUUUAUAUGUAAAUAUGUUAAUACCCUAUUUAAUAUGCUUCAAACAUAUAAGAUUUAGAAAUUAAACUCUAUUUUGUCCAAUUGUUAUGGGGAGAGUUAGAAGAAUACCAUUUCAGCAAGUUUACACUUUGAGAUUGAGAAGUUUAUGAAUUAAUUUUUUUAUGAAAUUAUAAAAUUUUAUUUUUGAAAAAAUUUUUAUAUAUAAAUUUUUUAUAAUAAAAAAAUUUUCUUAACCCCCCUUUAAAUUGAAACAAAAUUUUUUGUUUCAAUUUAAAGGGGGGGGGGGAGUAAGUAAUCUAAAUUCUAAGACCUAGAAACAUAUGCAAACAGUCCAGAAAUAAAAUAUGCGAAUUUGUAUCAGAUUAAUGGAAAGUGGCAGGUACAAUUAUCUAACCUUAGGGUAAAUAAUUAUCCUGUUUCAUCUAACUCUUUUCAAGCAUAUUUUGAUGUGGGGACAACCCUCAUUUAUGCGCCCCAGGCAGAGUUCAACAGCAUUAUAAACAAAAUUGCAAUGGCAGGGCAAUGCGGGAUUCAAGACAAUUGGCUCGUAUGUGAUUGCGGAACUUAUUAUGAUAUCAAUAAUUAUCCAUCAAUAUCUUUUGUCUUAGGAUCAGCACAUAGCUUUAGUUUGGAACCUCAAAAUUAUUUUUAUAAGUAUGGAACAUCUUGCUAUUUACUUUUUGCAAUUAAUCCUUCUAAUGCGUGGUUUAUUGGUGAUGUAUUUAUGAGAAAGUAUUAUACCAUUUUUGAUGCAGAUUAUGCACGAAUUGGAUUCGCUCUUGCAAAAACUAACUCCCCCCCCCCCCUCCGUGAAUGAACAAAACCAUUAGAAAAAUCGCCAUUUUUUGCCCAAAAACCCACCCUCCGUGAGUGAACAAAAAUUUUUUAAUAGAAAAAUUUUUUUAUGGAAAAAAAUUUUGAUAUAUAAAUGAUAAUUAGUAUAAUGAAAUCUAGAGCUAAUUCUAUUUAAUUUUAAACGAAUUGCUUUUUAAAAGAUAAAUUUUAUAAAUUAAAUUAAUAUUUGCUUUCCAAUUUUUGCGAAUUAGGAUUUUUUUAAAUUUCGAAAAAAAAUAUUUUUUUUUAUAAAAUUUAUAUAUAAAUUAUUUUUAAAAAAAAAAAAAUUAACCCCCCUCCGUGAGUGAACAAAAUUUUUUUGUUCACUCACGGAGGGGGGGAGUAAGAAAUUUACUAAAUUGAGUAGCUUUUUAGGAGCUGAUGUAAGCGGUAUUGAUGGAGGUAGAAUUGAAGACCAAGAGAAACUAGAGCCACAAAAAGGAUUCCAGAUUUCAACAAUACUUUUUUAUGUGCUUAUUUCAGGUAUCCUGCUUGGCUUGCUAUCAGGGUUUAUUUAUCUCUUCUGCAAUAAUCAGAAAGGGAAUUAUCAGGGUUUUCAUUAUGAAAAGAUUCGCGCUUAA